CGUUUUCAUUGUAGUACUUGUUCGUCGAUUAAACGAGAGGAGAGAAAAUGGCCGAAGAAGGACAAGUCAUUAGCUGCCACAACGUAGAUUUCUGGAAGCAGCAGCUUGAGAAUGGUAAACAAUCCAAGAAACUGAUUGUGGUGGAUUUUACUGCUUCUUGGUGCGGUCCAUGCCGUUUCAUUGCACCGGUCUUGGCAGAUAUUGCUAAGAAGAUGACCAAUGUGAUCUUCCUGAAGGUUGAUGUGGAUGAAUUGAGGGAUGUUUCGGAGGAAUGGGGCAUCGAGGCUAUGCCAACCUUCUUGUUCCUGAAAGAAGGCAAAUUAGUAGAUAAGGUUGUGGGUGCUAAGAAGGAGGAGUUGCAAAAGACCAUAACCAAGCAUGCCGCUGCUGCCUGAAGGGAUGAUGUGAAGUUUUAAGUAGGAAUAAAUGUGCUCCAGCUAUGGCGUCAGUUUGCGUGAUAUGAAUUUGAUGUUUAUGAUAAUGAGCAUAUGGUUAUGAACUAUGUACUUUAAGCAGUUUGCAUUGUCAUACUCGCUUAACGCUUUGGCUGAUUUGAUUUGCAAUGAUAUGUUUGGUGAUCUAUAA